AUGAGUGAGACUAUAUUUGCCAAUAAUCCGAAUCCUUUUAGCCAAGAGGAAGGCCAAGAGCACCAUGGAGGCAGCGCCAACACUGCCCAGAGCACAAGCAAUCAGCCACUCAGCGACCUUGAACGCCAGCAAGACGAUGCUAGGAGUGCCACAGCCCUCGACUCGAAGGACACUCCAGCAGCCAAUGCGCCAGAAGUUGACCAGCAGAAUAGCACGAAGAAAGUAGCUUUCGCACCCCCAGAACCAUCUCCCGGAACAGAAGGCCGUCCUCUAGCACCCAUCACGAGCGACGAAAGCACUAGUAGCUCACACGGCCUGAUCGACAAAGUCAAGACUGUUGCCGAUGAGAGAGCACCACAUGUUGUCGAGAAAGUCAAGUCUGCAGCCCACAAGCUCCAUCUCGAAAGCAUCCAGACAAGUAGUGUAAGCAGGGUUUUCAAUCCAACAUCUGCGAGACUACAUAUCAGACGACACCGGGAUGGCGAUUCUCUGGAAACGACGCUUUCUCGUGAGGAGCAAUUAGCUCUGUUAUGGCGAUCGAGAGACCAGAGGAAGGGUCGAGGCUCGGUGGCGGUGCGCUCGUUUAGUGUCGACGACGUCAAGCAAUCUCACACAUCACCUCGGAAGCAAGGUCGGGCGACACGAGUAACGAAGGGUAUCAUCCGCAUGUUCACCAUAUUUCCAUACUGGGAUAUGGCUUUCUGGAGCGGCUGGUCAUAUACAAUUGGAUCUGCGCUGUUCGUGAUCGACGGCGCCUUUUCAUGGUCUAUCCUGGCAUUCCCAUAUACCGAAUUCGAAGGAGAGGAGAAGUACGGCGUUCCACUGUGCUUCUUCUUCGGAGCACUAUUCUACCAAGUCGGAGCCGUAAUGGCAUAUCUCGAAGCUGUGAAUGACGGCUCUUUCCAUGGCUCAGCCAUGCGAAGGGUACUUGAAGGCCACGACAAAGAGCAGAAGGAGAUGCUGGACGAUAAACUGCACGACUUCGUCCAUCAUAUGGUUCCUCAUCAUCGCUCUAAAGGACGGCAAAGUAAGGCCGAUCAAGCUGCAGAUCAAGUCGACCCAGAAGCCGGCUGGGCAACCAAAGAAGGCUUCGAACGGCCAGGUUCAAUAUACCCCGAUGGCAAAGCACCAGCUUCCAGACGAGGCGGUGUGGACUUUGGCGGCGAGGAGGAAGAAGGAACGUCGAGCGAAUACGCUACAUGGCGCUGGUGGCCGACAUGGCAUGCGCUCAAAACUCACCACGUCUACGAGAUUGGCUAUGUGGCGACAGCCAUACAGUUGUUCGGUGUCACUUUGUACGGGAUCACAUCGAUUGUGAUUCUGCCAGGUAUACUCGAUAGCCUGAACUGGUGGCAGACGGAUGGAGCGUACUGGGUACCGCAGAUAGUGGCAGCUGCCUGUUUCCUGAUCGCCAGUCUGAUGUUCAUGUUCGAGACGCAGGAGAAGUGGUGGAAACCUGAGGUGAAGGUGCUGGGGUGGUGGAUCGGUUUCUGGUCGACCGUAGGAUCUGUAGGCUUCGAGCUCUGUGCGGGUUUCGGUCCAGCAGGAAUUACAGUGACAGGAUACGAGUAUCAGAGCUCGCUUUCUAGCACAUGGGGCUCUGCUGCGUAUCUGAUCGGCAGUAUGCUGCAGUGGUACGAAGCAGUCAACAAGCAUCCAGAGCAAGAGUGGGAUGAGCCGGGUGAAAUGAAGACUUGGCAGAUACAUCCUUUAUGA